AUGAAUACGGUCGUAUUGAAGUAUAGCAGUCUUAAACCGCGUACGAACGCAAACAAUAGAAUCGUAUACGAUACACGAUGGAAUUAUUCGAGAAGAGGCAACUUCCAGCUUCCAGCUAAGCAAAGUCGACACUCGACACGGCGAGAGUCACUAUAUUUCGCGCCAACGUGGUCACAUGACCACGCGAGGCGGAGAAGGGGAAUCGAGGAGAAACAGCUGAUCCCGCAUAGUGGAAUAUUCGUGAAGCAUAGGAUUCCACAAAGUCGCUGAGAUGCGUUCCGCGUGCGUUCAUUGACGGCGAGCCAUUAGGUGUCAAAACAUGUCAAAGUGACAGGAGAGGGAAGACCGGCGUGACAAGCGACGAUGCGGAUGUGUCGCGCGCGCCGGAUUUGCACCCCCCGAUUACCGCGCUAUCGCGCGAAUACUGGCGGCAUUAUAGUGCUGUGACAAUCGAUGGUGGCAGGCGGACGGAACGGGACGCCGCAAAGUGCGUUAAUCGCUAACCUCCUCCCUCGCCCGCGAUUGAGUCCCGAACAAGCUCGGAGUAAACAGUUCAACGAUCUCAAGAAGUCGCCCGAGGGAACAUAUCCCCUCCUUCCCCCUUUUCUUUCCCUUAAUUAACGAGAUGACUCAAGAGAGAAAGAGAGAGAGAGAGACUUAGGAAUAAUAAAUUAAUUAAUCUCGAGACAGGAUUUUCUAUUUAUUGAUCCACGGAGAGACAGGAUUAACCAGUCAUCAUGCGAUCGGGUAGAAUUGCGAGAAACGAAAGCAGUACUUUCGAGGAAGACGAGACUGUUAUUUUUAAUUGAAUCUUGUAAAGGAGAUCCGUCUGUCUGUCUGCUUGCCUACAUCUGAGGGUGAGCAGGUUCCUUGGCUGUACAUUGGAAGUUCUUAUGAAUAAGAUUGUAGACAAAAUGAGCAACCAAUUAAGUAUAACAGUUCGGCCGGAAGUAAGAUUGGAUGCCAAGUGGUUAAAGACUGAUCUACAACGAUUCCUUUAUCGCGAUGGAUUGGCCGAAUUGUGGAAUGAGAUGGUACGAGAUGGCGAGAUUGUUGGUUCUUUCAGCGAUGGUUUAAUCAAUGCUGCAGGAAUCGUAGCGAAGAAAGGUGAAAAUGGCCAUUAUUAUUGUGGUAUGAGAGUGUUAUCUUGUCUUUGUUGUGAUGGAAUUUGUGGCCCGCAACAUGGCUGCAAUUGUACUCCGUGCCAGAAGUUGGAUGAGGAGGAGAUUGCAAGAACAACAGCGAUGGUCGAAAAGGCUAUGUCUGCCAGACGGAUAAUGGACACGUGGCUGUGGGGACCACAGCCAUCGUUAACAGAUUUGAAAGGAUGCAUCGAUUUAUCAAUUAAGGAGCAACGGAAGCUGUGUUGCGAGGUCGCAAAUAGCACGUUAUCCGCAACGCGUUUAAGACAACGUUUGAUAGUCGCUCGAAGAUAUUUUACUGCUUUAUCUCGUCAUAAGCCACAAGAGAUCAAAGAUACGUCAAAUUUACCAAAGUCUAUUGGAAAAUUACAAAAACCGCCAAGACCUAACGAAAAGGCAACCUUAGGAUUAGCGCGUGUUGGUUCACGUGCGGCCCUCAAUUUCUCAUUCGCGUACUUAAGACGGGCUUGGAGAUCUGGGGAAGACGUUGAAUUUUGUAGUGAAUUAUUGACCGAAUCGCUGGAAGCGCUGCAAUCGUUACCAGAGGCGACUCUCUUUGACGAGAGUAAUGUUUCUCAAGUCUGGCUGGAAGUCGUAGAAAGAUCAGCAAAAUUUUUAAGACAAGUUGUCACAGGGGAGGUAACCACUGGACGAUCGUGGCGUCCAGUACCAUUGUCAGAUCAGCAUACAGCUCUUUGUUUGCUAUUGGAACUGGUUGCGCAAAGGGCUACUCUCUCUAGUUUAUUAGAUUCCGUGGUUUUACUACUCCAUCUCAGUGGUAAACAUAAGAAUCAAGACAAUCGAGUCACCCCACCCGGAAGUACGGCGCCACUUGUCCCGUUAUUACGGCGGUUAAAUAUGAUACCGGCCACAAAAUCUCGCAGGCAUCUUGAUAGAAAUAUUACGCCGGGACCUUGCGAGGUCCUACUUAAAUAUCUACGAUUGCCAGAUGACGACGCCGUAUCUGUUGAUUUGAGAAAAGCCGCGGUUAUUAUAAUGUGUAACUUAAGCAGAUUGGCCGCUCCCCUUUUGCCUCCUGCUAGUGCCGAGUAUGGAUUUCCAAGGAACGGCAACGGCAGGCAGACGUUUCAGGAGGUACUAGCUUGGGGUGGUGUAAAGUUUGGAAAUGGCUCUACUCCUUUUUAUUGCGACGCGAUUGCGGAAUUAGGUAUAAAGCAACUGUGCUGUACCGAGCGAGCAUUAAUGAUCUUGUCAUUGAAUGGCAACGUUUACAAUAUGUAUCACGGAUCGGAAACUCAAUAUCCGCAAAGGGUACACGGUUUUUCCGAUAAGUCGAUCACGAUGAUCGCGUCUCACGCGGACGGCAAGCAUUACUUAGCGUUAACGCAAGACGGCUGCGUGUAUUCCUGGGGCAACGGAGACGGCGGUAGACUGGGGCACGGUGACACAGUCUCGUACGACGAACCGAAAUUGAUCGAGGCACUUCUAGAGAAGAACAUUGUGCUCAUAGCAUGCGGCAGCACGUAUUCGGCGGCGUUGAGCGCCAGCGGCGAAUUAUACACCUGGGGAAGAGGAAAUUAUGGUAGAUUAGGCCAUGGAAACUUCGACGAUGUCCUGAGCCCGACAUUAGUGACAACGUUAAAGGGCCACACGGUCGUGCACGUGGCCUGCGGUAGUGGUGACUCUCAAACCCUGUGCGUGACCGCGUCCGGCAUAGUCUUCUCUUGGGGAGACGGUGAUUACGGAAAGCUAGGCAGGGGAGGCACGGAUGGAUCCAAAACGCCGAAGAUCGUCGAUAAAUUAUUGGAUAUCAAUGUAGUGAAAGUGUUUUGCGGUGGUCAAUUCUCUGCAGCGCUGACAGCCCACGGAGAGGUAUACACGUGGGGAAAGGGUGAUGCUUACCGCCUAGGUCACGGCAGUGAGGAACACGUUAGGUAUCCGAAAGUCAUUGAGUCGUUGAGAGAUAGAAAGGUCAAGGAUCUGUCCGUAGGCACUACCCACAUAUUAGCGCUGACGGAAGAUCAAUUUGUUUACGGAUGGGGCAGAAAUGAUUACGGUCAAAUCGAUCCUACAUUAGGUCCUGUUGUUUCUGAGCCUACAUUAUGCCCAACGUUAUCCUCGAAGACCGUCAUCGGUCUGGCGUCAGGUUCGACUCAAAGCUUUGCCUGGUGCAUGUCGGCGUGGUCAGGCGGUGCUAGCAGAGUGGCCUUUGUCGUCGACAUAUGUGAGGAGACUUUCCAACUGCUGGACACGCUUCUGUCCAAGUCUUGCGAGGGCCUACCGGGAAUACGACCGCCUACACAGGAUCGCGAAUGCCUGGCGGUAGCUACGUUGAACUUGCUUCGAUUACAGCUACAUAUUAUGUUGACUCAUAAUAUUGAUACUAAAUUCGUUGGACUUGCGACCAGCAGUCCACUGCUAAGUUCUUUAAAGCAACGCUGUGUCAAUCUGGCGAGCGGAACCGGAAUAUUAGCAACGAUACAAGAAGCGGCGCAGGCCGUUCUACAAACGGGUUGGAGCAUCCUGCUACCAACGGCUAACGAGCGUGCAAAGACUCUAUCCAGUUUUCUGCCAAACACUUCGAACAACGUGGAACAAUCGAGUUCAGCGAAUAUGUACAUAAAUAGUGGACAGCGGUUCAUGGCCGAUUUAUUAGUAUCUAGUCUAAUGGUGGAUGGCGGAUUGGAGUUAGCAUUGAAGGCUGCGAUCAAGAUGGAGAUAGCGGACAUGCCGGAUGAGAAGGAUUUUCUUGACGUGGGCACGUCAAACGUCAAAACGAAGAUCGACACGAGACAGGGGAUAAAAGAUGGUUUCAAUUCUGGGAAGAAUAUGACGACUAUCUCUCUGCUUCAGUUAAUACAGCAAUUAAUUAGGAACGGCACGUGCAUUACGCAAUCCAGACUCCAGCAAGGCUCGUCGCAGCAGGUGGAUCGAAACGAGUAUCUUCGAAGAUUUGACAAUUCACCUAGUCUGAAUCUCUUGCUGCGUUUCCAACGUUUGCUAAUCGCGCAGGUGUACGAGUGUAUUGCGCGCAAGUCACGCACGGAAGAUCUGCACGAUCAGGAAAUGAUGGGCGCGGAGUCGCUGCUGAAGAAAUAUAUCGCGCAGAUUUGUGACCAUGCGACCGAGAUAUUGCCGCUGGCAGCUGAGAUAGGUGGUCGUUCCGUCAAGGAUUUUAUCUCUAUUGCCGGUAUCUUAAAGGGCGAUAUAAUCAACGUAUUGCUUUCAGAAUUGGUGACUUGCUUGAUAUUGCUGCAAGUAGAUUACUCUAUGUUGCUCAUUGAUAUGAACUGGAUGGAAGUGAUUGCACCGAUCUUGGAUUCACUGGAUCACUUCGUAAAGCUAGCACCGACGAUGGAAAAGAACGAGGCGGACGAUUUAUCCUGGCCGGGAAUUAUCGCGCCGCUACACGGUAAUAAGAUUCCCAUUCAGGAGGAGCCCUCCUUGAUACGAUGGGCGGACUUAGAGAAUCACAAUCGUGACGGCGGUCUCUGGGUAGUGGUGAACAACAAUGUCUACGAUGUACAAGAUAUAAGAAACGACGGCUCUUGGUCGCCUUACGAGGUGCUGCAACGGUACGUCGUCGGGCGUGAUGAAACUUCGACAGUCACGCAAUGUGGCGCACCAUAUAGUCAGCUGUCGCCACCACGGGGUAUGAUGGAUUCCUGCUUCGUUGGUCAUUAUUGUCAAGCCGAGCCCGACGAGAACGCACGCGUCACAAUUGAAGUCACUGACGUGUGUUCAUCUCUUCUGGACACGGAAAGAGCUUUAGGAUUUCUGCUAGGCUUGCACGCCUAUCGAAUGCGACAGAGUCUGACGCUUCAAUCGGCGGAGAAAGAGGCCGGCGUAUGGCUUGCUGCGAAUUUUUUGAGGGGUGGUCUACAAGUUCUGCAACCGCCAAAUCCGUACGAGGAGGAGAAGGACGAAGCGAGAAGCAAUACGUCAACCGCUGCUAACUCUCCUACGGAACCGCCACUCCCGGUGCACGCGAAGAACGAGCAGCAGAAAGAGCACGACGACCGAACGAUUAUGUUUAUACAUGCAUUAGCAGAAGCGCAUAAGACCGAUGACGGUCACGUUCGAGCGUUCUUAACAAUAGUUGACAGAUAUUCCAAGGCUAACAAUCUAUUCUCUCACGCUGAUUUUUGUGGCGAUCAUCCGGUCGAAGAAAUCAGUCGCGUUCUGAUGGCUGUGAUUAUAAAACACCUCGGUCUGGGGCAACAAGCGCUCACGUUAGCGGAACAGGAAUUAAAAGCUACUAACAGCGCGAGACUGAACAAUCAGUUAGCUGAUAUGGCGCGAGCGAUUUAUCAGACUAAAUGGAACUUAGUGCGGAUUAGGCAACAACAGAAUCGCAGUUAUAAAGAAGUCUGCGCGCCCGCUCAAGAAAGAUGCAGAUUUCUUCUGUACGAAGUCAGAUCUGCGACGAGUUACGAAGUUAAAGGGCUCGAGGAUUUGAAACUAUUGCAUACCGUCCCUAGAUUCAAGAGAGCUGCUCGCACAGUUUUAGCUGAUAUACGUAAGAACAAAGAUUCGUCCAGCGGAAGUAGUAAACCGGAGGACAUCUUGAACGCGUCGAUACAAAAUGCUAAAACGAAAAAGCCGGAUGGGGAGAUGACAUCCUCUUCCAAGGAAGGUUUGACCGCCGCGACUUCCUCAUCAACAAAACUGGAGAAUAUAUUAGACAUAAAGAAUAAAAUUAUGCAGAUGACCGAGAAGAUUCGGUGCGGACCGAUACAAUGGACUACUGCCGAUUACAAUGGUUUAAUGACAAGUAUUAUCGAAUUCGUUAUCAACGACGGUAUUGGCGGGGACGUCGAGACGUUGCGCCGUGCGAUGUACUGUCAAAUGCAACGCGCCCGCGUGCGAGAACAAGGUAUUUCCAUGAUGCAAGAAUUAUUAAAAAGAGACUAUCUAAUACCGUCGGUAAAGUAUUCUUUGCUUAAUGGCUGGCUUGGCUUGACCUACGAGAACAAGUCUCUUAGCGACGGAAUCAUGCAUUGCUUGUAUAACAUACAAUUAACGACCCCGUAUCAAAAGUCCAAGGUUAUUCUAGCUGAGGCCGAGGUGAUCUCAUGGGCAGUACAAGCUUUACGAACGUAUGUUGUACAGGCGGAGCUACCGAACAAACAGAAGGUCAGCGGAAAGAGCAGCUUGAAUCAAGGUACUUACACUUGGUUGCGAAAGUUACCGAGAGCAAGAUUCCUGUUGACUAUCCUCGGUAUGCUGACUAAUCACCAGUGUGCCAACGAGAUCGGGCUGCUGGUUAAUUCAGGUCUGUUAUCAAGCAUCUUGACUUUGCUGAGACAAAUCGGGCCGUCAUCGGCAAGUUUCUGCGAGGGCGGCGAAGGUCAGGGAGGACAGCAGGGCGGAGACGCCGAGGCACUGAAAGUUAAGAUGGAAAUUACGACAAUUUACGAGGAUACUCUUCAAAAGAACAAACCGCCGACUGUACAGCUGAGCGGAAUGGAGUUGGCGGCGUUGAUGAAGGUUGGCACUCGAGUUGUACGAGGAGCCGAUUGGAAAUGGGGCGAUCAAGACGGUCCACCUCCUGGUGUAGGUAGAGUCAUCGGCGAACUCGGCGAGGAUGGAUGGAUAAGAGUUCAGUGGGACAACGGCGCGACGAAUUCAUAUCGAAUGGGUAAAGAAGGUAAAUACGAUUUAAAGCUGGCCGAUCCACCGACACCUCCUGAUGACGAUAGUGACGAGACCGAUAGCGAUACUUCGCUCGAUGUAAAUGGAACGGAAAACACUGGUUUCCACGGAGAAGAUCUGCACCCGACUACGUGCCUCAAGUCGGCGUCAACGAACUUGUUGCGAAUAAUUUUGCUCUCCUGCGGUGUGGAAGCGGAUAAAGUACCCGCGAUAUCUAUCAAAAUUCUCACCUCCACUUUACACGAUAUAAUAUCGACUGCGAACAGAUACGGCGAACCAUCGACCACGCAUGUCCAGUUAGCGAGGCAGCAUCAUGAAACUUGGGCUACCUUCAGUCUCUUAAGAGCGAUCGCAAAAUCAACAGAAUUGUGCAAAUCCUUGAGUUCGCAGGCCUGGCUUGAUCUUCUUCUGGGCAUCGUCAUUGACGAUGCUAAACCCUGUCUCGAGAAGCAAAUUAUGAUUGUGAAAUUACUGGCGGCUGUUCUACCUUCGUGGGGAACGGACGCAGUUUUAAGCGACAUGAUACAAUUUCUAGAAAAGUCCUUCGGAAUAUUGGGCCAAGUGGCGCUUACGUGCGACAUCGCUGCCGGUACCGAGCUUCACUCGAACAAAUGUCGUAUGUCCUUGACCGCGUCGUACAGUUCUACUGUAGCUGAAGAACUAACAUGGUUGAUUAGAUUCUUGCAUUCGCUUCCUGGCUGGAACGAAGCCAUAAACAAAUUUCUCUCCGCAAAGUUAGCGUUGACGGUGGAUCUUUGGACUGAUAGUUCGAUAUUUCAUAUACAGAUGAACGAAAACGGUGGCGAAAAUGGUGUUUGUAUCCAACGAAUGGUCAUGGCGACCCUCGUUGUUCUCGGUGGUUUAGAUAAUAGAAUCAGAAUUGGCGGUUUGGUGAGUUCUGACGGCGAGAUAGGAACAGUCUGCAAGUUUACGAAGCACUCAAAGAUUGUUAUGCAGUUGUGGAAUGGCAGCGGGACGCGAAAGAUAGUGCCAUUCCACGCGGUGAAACGGAUUAACGAGAAAUUCCAAUUAGAAAGAAUGCCUUUAACGGAGAUGCUUAUAUCUGUCUGGGCAAAUUUAUUUUUAGGUAUUGCUUGCAUGGAUAAACGACCUGGUGGCAUGCCUGUUAUUGCUGGCUCUGUCAACACCGCGAUAUUACGAAGUCAGCAGCAACAACUUGCAGCCUUGAACGCUGGAAAAGCCACGCUCGCUUAUCAGUCAAAAUUGCGGAAGAUUUUAAAAUAUUCAUUAAGUAAUGAAAUCAACGACGACGAUAAACGUACCUCCACGCUUCUGCAAGAAAUGUUGUUGCGCGCUACGAAACCACAACCACUAAAACCAAUAUUUAAGCGUCGGGAGUUAGAAGAAGCCGCUCUGGCGGUUUCUCAAUAUUUAGUUUCCGAGUUGAGACAUACACCUAUCCAACGAACCGGCAUAACUUCGGAUCCUACUACUCCUACAUCUGACUGCUCGUUAGUAUCCUUAACAUCGAGCCAAAGAAGACAUUGCAAAGGCGGUUCAACAGCGAGAAGAAACUCUACAGCGCCGCCUGUGAAUCCUUUGGUAGGUCAGUUAGUCGAAAUGGGUUUUCACAGGAAGAGUGUUGAAUUAGCUAUCAAAAGCAUGAGCGUUGCCGAACAAGGUAACGUAACGGCGGAAAGUGUGGUGGGUUGGUUGCUGGAAAAUCCGGAUGCCACUUUCAGCGACACAGAGACCUUGUCUAGCUUGGAUGGACUGACUGACGGCAGUGACGAUUCGAUCAGUGAAGAUUUAGAUGAUUCACCGUCGGGGCAAGAGGGUGCUAUGAGUAAUGCACCACCUACGUAUAUGAAACGCUCGGAUUUCCUAUCAGUUGACGAGUACGCAAUUUAUGUGCGCGACAACGUAGUUCCGAAUAUGCUGGUACGAUGCUGUAAAGGUUACGAAGAAGUGGAGUACGGCGAUGUCGGCCAGGUAGUAAAGAUUGACGCGGAAAACUUGCACGAUCUGAAUGUGCAGGUCGCGUGGCAGCGCAAGGGCGGUACGUACUGGGUGCGUUUUAUUCACAUAGAACUGCUUGGCUAUCCACCGUCCUUGCCAGGUCCACCACCCUCAUUGAAGGUCGGCGAUAAAGUUCGAGUUAAGGCGUCAAUUACUGAGCCGAAGUAUAACUGGGGAUCCGUAACUCAUCAUUGUGUCGGAGUGGUUACGGCGAUAACUAAUCAUGGCAAGAAUGUAACUGUAGAUUUUCCGCAACAACACGGAUGGACUGGUUGUGUCGCCGAGAUGGAAAAAGUACCGUCCUGCCAUCAUUCUGUGAUUUGUAAUUCGUGCUGCCUCUCGCCAAUUUCCGGUCCCAGAUUUAAGUGCAAGUAUUGCGACAAUUAUAAUUUAUGCGAGAAUUGUUUCUAUACCAAGCGAUCGCAUCGACACGGUUUUAAUAGAAUUGCAGAGCCUGGUUCGGCAGCUGUUUAUGCCGGAAAGCCAGGCAGAUAUCAUAGGCAAGAUCUGACAGAGUCGUAUUUAAUUGACGAUUGGUCCAAAUGCAUUAGGACCUUGAGCGUGUCUUCGCGAGAAAAUUGGGCGACGCGUCUGGUAGACGGAUCCGGAAAAUAUUGGCAAAGUUGCGGAUCGCAGGGCAAGCACUGGAUUCGUCUAGAGAUGUUACCUGGAAUUUUGGUACACUCCUUGAAGAUCAUCGUUAAUCCACAGGAUAAUAGUUACAUGCCUUGUGUAAUAGCGGUCAAUGUAGGAGAUUCCUUCACUAAUUUAGUGGAAUAUAAAACAAUAAGUAUACGUUAUUCAGAUACUAGCGUUACGUUGCUUCAAGAUAUUAAAGUGUAUUACCCGUGUAUUGAAAUAGCGAUAAAGCAAUGUCGAAAUGGCGGUAUAGAUUGCAAAAUACAUGGUCUGCGCAUAAUCGGUCGUCAAAAUAUGUUCGAAAAUCAGCUGACAACCUCAGUGUCUUUUCUCGCGUCUGAUUGGGAAGUUUUGCAGGAACAAGUGGCGAUACAACGUAGCACCGAUGUACCACCGCAGCAAUCAGCCGUUUACGUUUGGGGCUUGAAUGACAAGGAUCAAUUAGGAGGUCUGAAAGGAUCUAAAAUCAAAGUACCAACAUAUAGCGAUGUUCUCUCAAAAUUAAAACCUAUCCACAUAGCUGGAGGGAGUAAGACUCUCUUUAUUGUUAGUCAAGAAGGCAAACUGUAUGCUUGCGGAGAAGGAACGAAUGGUAGGUUAGGUCUAGGAGACGAUAACAAUGUAUGCGAACCGAAAGCUAUACCUUUUCUGAGUCAAUUUGUUAUCAAAAAAGUGGCGGUACAUUCAGGCGGAAAGCACGCCCUAGCCCUUACUCAAGAUGGUAAAGUGUUUUCGUGGGGCGAAGGCGAGGACGGCAAACUGGGACAUGGAAAUUGCGUAUCACUGGAUAAACCAAAACUUAUUGAAGCACUUAAGUCGAAAAGGAUCCGAGAUAUCGCUUGCGGAUCGGGACACUCUGCAGCAAUUGCGAGCAAUGGCGAGCUGUAUACCUGGGGCUUGGGCGAGUAUGGUAGACUGGGCCACGGAGACACUAUUACACAAACUAGGCCAAAAUUAGUGCAAGCUUUAAUUGGACAUAGAGUUGUCCAAGUAGCUUGCGGUAGCAGAGACGCGCAAACCAUGGCUUUGACCACCGACGGCUGUGUGUAUUCCUGGGGCGACGGUGAUUUUGGCAAGCUUGGUCGAGGCGGAAGUGAUGGUUGUUACACGCCCUUAUUGAUUGAUCGAUUAAACGGUUUGGGCGUUAUACAGGUCGAAUGCGGCGCACAAUUUUCCCUGGCCUUGACAAAGUACGGCGAAGUGUGGACGUGGGGAAAGGGAGAUUACUUCCGUUUAGGUCAUGGUAAUGAUCAUCACGUUAGAAAGCCUACACUAGUCGAAGGUUUGCGAGGUAAGAAAAUAAUUCAUGUAGCAGUUGGUGCGCUACAUUGUCUUGCGGUGACUGAUAUCGGUCAGGUUUACGCCUGGGGUGAUAACGAUCAUGGACAACAAGGCAACGGCGCAACAACCGUUAAUAGAAAACCGUCGUUGGUGCACGAGCUGGAAGACGCGAGAGUGAACAGAGUAUCUUGCGGUUCUAGUCACAGCAUAGCUUGGGUAUUGGUUGAUCAACCUAGCAGUGGAAAUCAAGAUCCAGUUACGUUCCCGACAGUGAGAGAUCCGUUGGGUCAAAUGUGUCUAGGCCUGAAUAAUGUGCAGGAGCAAAAUGGCACAAUUGCUACGACAAAUGACACCGUCGCCACAAGACCGUCGCUUGCCAGUAUAAUACUCUCAUUAGAGAGCAACGUUGCAAAACAGCAAGCUUUGCAACAUGUUAUAAACGCUCUUCUCAUUAUACAGGCACGAGUAGCGAUAGUGACGGCUUUGCAAAGCCAUUCGAUGCUGAACGGCUGUGCGUCGAUGAAGCAUGCGCCUACCAUAGCACCGGUAACGGACGUGAUACCACCAUCGGAGGGGGCUGCAUCAUCGAGUACUGAACACACAGUUUACCAAAACGUUGGUGACAUCGCACAAGGCGGAGGAGAAGCUCCGGCGAAUGUCGCCGAGGCCGUUAAUGUGACCACCAGUCCUAAGCUGACUCCUGAAUCUGAGGAUUAUCCAUUAGCCAUGUUAGCUAUGUCUAUGUCCAGCUCCGCCAGUCUGUCUUCGCGUGCUUCAAGGAUGUCGACGAGUGCGAUGAGCGUUAUAGCAGCCACUUUAACAUCCAACGCACAAGUGGUGGGCGAGGAUGGCGCGACAGCCUCCGGCUUGGACGAGUUUACAUCAGCAUUAACAGAAGAUGACGCGAGAGUCCUGGUAGAUCUGUUGAAGCUGGCGGUAGCCAACAGAGUCUGCACGUCAGCCAAAGAAACAAUAGCGUCGGUGCUAAUUUCUCUAGGAAAGGUCAAUGGCUCUAUCGGCAGUAUGCUUCUGGAACUAUGCGUCACGGAGCUGGAGGAUAUCGCAGCAAACAGCAAUUGCGUCAAUAACACACCACAACCCGUGAUACAAGAAACGCCGCAUCCUUACAUAGACGACACAACAUUAACCGGUCACGUAAAGAUACCCGGUGCGGAGGCGCUCCGGAUAGAAUUCGAUCGGCAAUGUUCCACGGAAAAGCGGCACGAUCCGCUCACGAUAAUGGACGGAAGCGGUAGAGUCGUGGCAGUUAGAUCCGGCAGAGAAUGGACCGAAUGGGGCCCGGAAAUCAAGAUCCAAGGAGACGAGCUGAGAUGGCGAUUCUGUUCCGAUGGGUCCGUCAAUGGUUGGGGCUGGAAAUUCACGGUGUAUCCUAUUCUGGCGAAAACAGCACCGUACGAGCUCGGAUCCGACAGGGCGGUAUUGUCGCAACCAAACAUAGCUUUGGCUGAACAUCUCCUCAUGGACAGUAGUUUGAUAAAUUCCGAUAGAAAUGUCGCUUCCCGUUUGGCUACCGCUUUAGGCCAGUGCAGUCAAUUGAGCACUCUGUCCGCGCAGCAAAGGAUGUGGGCAUUGAAAAAAUUACAGGUGGUCUACACAAAUGGACCGGGCAUAAGGCCUGAGGUGGCACUUUCGUCUCUGCUUGGUUCCUUGCCGCAAGCGCUUUUGAGACAAUACGCGUAUGAAGAUCCUAUGGUGAGAGGUGGCAAGCAACUAAUGCACAGCGACUUCUUCAAGGUUCUCGUGGCUCUCGCGUGUGACCUCGAGCUAGAUGGAAUGCAAUUUUGCUCCGAAGUGCACAAAUGGUCUUGGUUUCGAAGGUACUGCCUCGCCGCACGCGUGGCAAAGUCGCUUGUCGACCGCACCCCUCUGCCAAAAGCAUUUUGCCACGAAGUCACGAAGCAAUUAAACGAGAUGGCGAUGGAUGGAGACGCCGACUAUACGAAGGAUCACGAGAAUCACAAUAUAUUCAAGCAGGGACACGACGAGCAGUUGCUGCAGUGGUUGAAUCGUCGUCCGGAGGACUGGACGCUGUCGUGGGACGGAUCAGGCGCGAUUUAUGGAUGGGGUCAUAAUCACAGAGGUCAACUAGGAGGCUUGGAGGGACCGAAAGUCAAGCUACCUGCCCCAUGUGAAAGUCUUUCCGCACUCAGACCGAUUCAAUUGGCUGGCGGUGAACAGACUUUGUUUGCCGUAACAGCCGAUGGAAAGGUCUACUCGACUGGCUACGGAGCUGCAGGACGUCUUGGGAUAGGAGGAACGGACUCUGUUAUGAUACCGACGCUAUUGGAAUCGAUACAGCAUGUAUUCAUCAAGAAGGUAGCUGUUAGUUCGGGCGGCAAGCAUUGCCUCGCUUUGAGUUCGGAAGGUCAUGUAUAUUCUUGGGGCGAAGGCGAUGAUGGCAAAUUGGGACAUGGUAAUAAGGUAUCAUACGAUCGGCCGAAACUGAUCGAAGAUUUACUCGGCGUAGAGAUCGUGGAUAUAGCUUGUGGUGGUCAUCAUAGCGCUGCUAUUACCAGCGCUGGUUGGCUAUACACAUGGGGAAAAGGACGAUACGGACGUCUCGGACAUGGUGACAGCGAUGAUCAAUUACGACCGAAGGUGGUAGAAGCUUUGCAAGAUUACAAAGUAAUCGAUGUAGCAUGUGGAAGCGGCGACGCGCAAACGCUAUGUGUAACCGAUGAUGACAACGUAUGGAGUUGGGGCGAUGGUGAUUAUGGAAAAUUAGGUAGAGGCGGAAGCGAUGGAUGCAAAGUUCCAUUGAAGAUAGAUUCCCUGGCCGGUCUGGGUGUAGUUAAGGUCGAAUGCGGUAGUCAAUUUUCAGUCGCUCUGACGAGAUCUGGAGCAGUUUAUACCUGGGGCAAAGGAGAUUAUCAUCGUUUAGGCCAUGGCACAGACGAUCACGUACGUAGACCACGUAAAGUAGCUGCAUUGCAAGGAAAAAAAAUCAUUUCAAUAGCGACGGGUUCUUUACACUGUGUCGCGUGUUCCGACAAAGGAGAGGUUUUCACUUGGGGCGACAACGAUGAGGGCCAGUUAGGCGACGGUACCACGAGCGCGCUUCACAGACCAAGAUUGGUACACGCGUUACAGGGCAAGAAAAUCACAAGAGUCGCUUGCGGUAGCGCACACACGCUGGCUUGGAGUACUGCGAAGGCUACGCAGAGCAAAAUGCCAGCGUCCACACCCAUGGAAUAUGAUCUAGUUAAAGAUCUAUCGUAUUCCGUACUACGCAAUAGACUUGUGUUACUGCAUCAUUUUGCGGAACUUUUAUGUCCUGCUUUGGCUAUGUUUCCGAUCACCGGACAUAUUGGGUUAAGCAAGCUGGCGCCUAUGUUGGUAUACAGUAUAAAGGAGGCGACAUUCCGCAAAGUUAUUCAAGCCACGAUGGUCCGAGAUCGUCAGCAUGGACCUGUAAUUGAAUUGAACAGGAUACAAGUAAAAAGAGCUAGGGCAAAGGGUGGAUUAGCUGGACCAGACGGUAUCAAGUCUGUCUUCGGACAAAUGGUAUCGAAAAUGUCUCUCUUGACGCAGGACGUACUGUUUUUACCUCAUAGAGUAUGGAAAGUAAAAUUCGUGGGGGAGAGCGUGGACGAUUGUGGUGGUGGAUACAGUGAGAGUAUAGCAGAAGUGUGCGACGAAUUGCAAAAUGGCUCGUUGCCACUGUUUAUACCUACGCCAAACGGUCGUGAAGAUAAUGGCACCAACCGGGAUUGCUUCUUGUUGAAUCCCAUGGCCGAUUCCCAAUUACAUAUGAAUAUGUUUCAAUUCUUAGGCAUUCUAAUGGGCAUUGCUAUACGAACUGGUAGUCCAUUAAGUUUAAAUCUAGCCGAACCAGUUUGGAAGCAACUCGCAGGUAUACCUUUAACACCUGCCGACUUGACGGAAGUCGACAGAGAUUAUGUCCCUGGCUUGCUUUGUAUCAGAGACAUGGAUCCUGACGAGAAGGUCUUUCAGACUUUAGAAAUGCCAUUUUCCACGCCAUCUGCUGCAGGGCAUGAUGUGGCAUUGUCCAACAGAUAUCUUAAAAUAACACCAGAAAAUAGGCACGAAUAUGUAAAAUUGGCGUUAGAUUAUAGAUUACACGAAUUUGAUGCUCAAGUAGCAGCUGUGCGAGAAGGGUUAUCGAAAGUUGUUCCUGUGCCCCUAUUGGCAUUAUUUAGCGGUGCUGAACUUGAAACAAUGGUUUGCGGCAGUCCAGACAUACCGCUUAAUUUAUUAAAAUCUGUUGCAACGUACAAAGGUAUUGAAGCGACUGCACCGCUUGUACAAUGGUUCUGGGAAGUCAUGGACGAAUUUUCUAAUCAAGAACGAUCACUUUUCCUUCGUUUUGUUUGGGGUAGAACACGUUUGCCGCGCACAAUCGCUGAUUUUAGAGGCAGAGACUUUGUUUUACAAGUAAUGGAUAAAUACAAUCCCCCGGACCACUUUCUUCCUGAAAGCUAUACCUGCUUUUUUCUUCUGAAAAUGCCACGAUAUUCAUGUAAAGCGGUUCUACGACAAAAACUGAAAUACGCGAUUCAUUUUUGCAAGAGCAUCGACACCGACGAAUACGCUCGAGUACAAGCCGCAACCAAUUCCGACACCGAAGAUACGGAUAGUUUAGCGAGUGAAGAACAUACUUCGCUUUAAAUAAUUUAUUACGUGAAAUGGUUAUUUGUGUUUGAAAGUGACAUUUCCGUUACGACUUUUUUAAAGAUGUGUUCACAGAUUCUCCAAAAAGAAAUCCUAUUUUUCUUACACAGUAUAUUUAUAUAUACAUAUAUAUAUAUAUAUACACACAUAUAUAUAUAUAUAUACCACACUAUGCUAAUAUACUUAAAUAUAUGUACUGCUUUUGUAGCACGACGAACAGUUUAUUGUAUAGUAGAUGUUAAUAAUGAAGAGUAAAUAUACCACUAAAGUUAUUAAGAUGCUCUUAGUUAGUAAUAUUAUUUAUUUCAUAGCUCUAAAUACCGAACGAUUAAUUCCGAAAUUUUUUACUAGUAUUUUUAGUUAAAACUGUUAAUGUUUAAAAAAUCGUUUGUAUAACGUCGUUAUACGUUUUGACAGCUUAGAAAUACAUUACGAUUUAUAAAGGAAAAA